GGGGACGCCGUGGCGCAGCCGCACCGCGAGAGCCAAGAUGGCGGCGCACACGCUGCGGGGCCUGGGCCGGCCGCGGCUGAGGCUUCUCGCCGCUCGGUUCUCGCAGCGGGCUGCCGCCGGGGCCGAGUACCGGAGCGCGUACAGCCUGGACAAGCUGUACCCGCCGCGGCAGGACGGCGCCGCCGCCAGCGCCCCGGAGACACAGCCGCCUGCUCUCGACAUCCCCAUGGCUCGCCUGACCGUGUCCUACUGCCGCAGCUGCGGCCCCGGUGGGCAGCACGUCAACAAAGUGAAUAGCAAGGCAGAAGUUCGGUUCCACCUGGCAUCAGCAGACUGGAUUCCAGAAGCUGUGAGACAAAAAAUGGCAUCGAUGCACAGGAAUAAGAUAAACCGAGCCGGUGAGCUGAUCGUGAACUCUGACGAGAGUCGCUACCAAAUGAGGAAUCUGGCGAUCUGUUUAGAAAAGAUCAGGACCAUGGUCACGGAGGCUACCGAGGUGCCCAAGGUGGUGUCUAAGGAGACCACACAGAAACUCAUAGAGAGGGUGGAAAAAAUGAACCGUGAACGACUACGUCAGAAAAAGAUACACUCAAACAUAAAACAGAGCAGGAGGGCAGACUUUGACUAGAUCCUCAGUCUUCUUAAAUAAAUGCCGUUGGCAGGUGUAGGUGAUGCUAAACGCGUGAGCUGUAUGAAAUAAAAAUGGUCUAAAAGUGUAAAUAAAAAUAUUGAACACCUCA